UCGCUACCUAACUCUCACACACACAACAUCUAACCACGAGAGUCAACAGAAACGCAUCUUCUUCUUCGCAGAAAGCAUCACCCAAAGUCGCCGAUCUCUAACUUCUGCGGAGGGAUCUCCGAUAAGAUGUCUUCUUUCCGAGCAUUCUUGAACAGUCCAGUUGGUCCUAAAACAACUCACUUUUGGGGACCUGUUGCCAACUGGGGAUUUGUGAUUGCUGGCUUGGUUGAUAUGAACAAACCUCCAGAAAUGAUUUCUGGCAACAUGACAGCAGCAAUGUGUGUCUAUUCAGGAUUAUUUAUGAGGUUUGCGUGGAUGGUACAGCCACGGAACUAUCUGCUUCUUUCAUGCCAUGUAUCAAAUGAGACUGUACAGCUGUAUCAACUUUCCCGUUGGGCUAGGGCUCAGGGGUACUUAUCAGAAAAGAAAGAGGAAGCCUCAUCAAAGUAAAGAAGCUUCCCUUCCUAUCUGGGUUGUGAUUUCUGAAGGAUGCAUGUUCUGUAUUUGCUUAAAUAUGCUGUUGAGUCAUGUUCCGUUAAUUUGACUGCCAAUGUAGCUGACCCUGGGCGGAUAAUAUAAGGGGUUCCUUACAAGUGCUUUAUAAUAAUAAGCUUUGUUUUUGAUUCAUCAGAUCUUUCUCGGAUUAUCUACAUGCA